AUGUAUGCGGAGGAAUUGGCAGAAAAUCCAGGAAUAACAGAAGGAUCAUAUAAGAAAUUGGUCAACCGUGUUAAUGAGAGGAAGAAAUUGUAUAUGGAACAAGAUUUAAACGGGGAAAGGGAUUUUUUUGAAAAAAAAGGAGAAAAAAGGGUAGAAAAAGAGGAAAAAGAGGAAUUUCUUAAUGAAUUGGAAGAGGCGGGUCUGGACAAGCCGUUUUUUUUUGAAAAAAAGAAGAAAAAUGAUGAAAUUUCAAUGACAUCAAGUGCAAGUAAAAUAUCGUUAAAAUUACCAAAGAAAAAAGAGCUAGAAUGGAUUAAAAAUAAUUUUUAUACGAUUGAUUGGAUAGACGAAAAUACCAAAGAAAGAGAUCGAAAAGAAAAGCUUCGAAAACUAAAAGGUAUUCGAAGAAAAAUAGCGCAUUUUUGGGAAUUUAAUCAAGUAUGGUUUAUUAUUAUUGCUACGGGUAUUUCUAUUGGGGUUAUAUCAGGUUUUAUAGAUAUUGUUUCUGGAUGGCUUUCGGAUAUUAGAGAAGGGUAUUGUAAAUCAGGAUUUUAUUUGAAUCGUGUUUUUUGUUGUUGGAUUCCGGAUGAUGAAAAGACAUGUAGCGAUUGGAUCUUAUGGGGAGAUUUAAUGAGUUCAUCGAAAAAGAAGUCAUAUGUUAUUUCAUAUUUGUUUUAUAUUACUAUUGUUACGCUUUUUGGAGUCAUUUCAUCAUUUUUAGUUAUCAAUUAUGCAUAUUAUGCAAAAGAAAGUGGGAUAUCUGAGAUAAAAACUAUACUCAGUGGCUUUAUUAUGCAUGAUUUUUUCGGAAAAUGGAUACUUGUUAUCAAAAGCUUAAGUGUAUGUUUUUCUAUAGCAUCUGGUUUAUGGAUUGGUAAAGAAGGACCUUUAAUUCAUAUAGCCUGCUGCUGCGCAGACUUUUUUUUCAGGAUUUUUAGUACUUCUAAGGGAAAUGAAGCUAAAAGAAGGGAAAUAUUGUCAGCAGCAGUAGCAGCAGGAACUUCCGUAGCAUUUGGAGCACCUAUUGGUGGUGUUUUAUUCACCCUUGAGCAAUUAUCAUAUUAUUUCCCUGAUAAAACCAUGUGGAAGAGUUUUGUAUGUGCAAUGAUCGGUACAAUGUCUUUGAAGUUUGUAAAUCCAUUUAGGGACGGAAGACUUGUUAUAUAUCAGGCUUUCUUUAAAAUAGAGUGGUACAGUUUUGAGCUUAUUCCAAUUUCUUUAUUAGGAGUAAUUGGGGGAUUAUAUGGACAUGCAUUUAUUAAAUUGAAUGAAAAAAUACUAAAAUUGAAAUCCAAAUUUCAGUUAUCAAGAUUCCCUAUUCAAGAAGUACUAGUUGUUGUAUUUAUAACAGGUAUCAUUAAUUAUUCAAAUGUUUUUAUGAGAUCUCAUCAUUAUAAACUUUUGGCAAAACUAUUUCAAAAAUGUAAUGAAAAUGACACUCUUGGUUUAUGCGUAAUAGAUAAUAUUCUAUCUCCGGUGCUUAUGCUUCUACUUGCAGCAAUAUUUGGAACUUUUCUUUGUAUUAUUACUUUUGGAUUACAAGUUCCUUCUGGAAUUAUUUUGCCGUCCAUGGUUAUAGGAGCUUUAUAUGGAAGAUUAAUUGGUAUACUUAUUCAAUAUAUACAACAUAAAGUACCUUCUGCACGAAUUUUUAGUGCAUGUAAACCCAAUGUAGAAUGUAUUGCACCAGAAAUAUAUUCUAUUAUAGGUGCAGCGUCUACACUUGCUGGAGUAACAAGAAUGACAGUAUCUUUGGUAAUUAUUAUGUUCGAGUUGACAGGCGCUUUAACAUAUUUACUACCAAUCAUAAUUGCAGUUGUAAUAAGUAAAUGGGUUGGAGAUGCUUUUGGAAAAUAUGGAAUUUAUGAAAACUGGAUUUAUAUAAACAAUUAUCCAUAUUUAAGUAAAGAGAUAGAUAUUAAACAUGAUAUUAUAGAAAAUUAUAUCACAAAAACGAGUGAUUUAGUAACUAUUACUGCUAAAGGACAUACAAUAAAAACUUUAGAAAAAUUCAAUGAUUAUCCUAAAAACAGAUAUUGUUAUUUUUCUGAUACUCGGUUUCUAGAUCCAUCAAUACAUGUAGAUCUUGGACCAUGGAUGAAUAAAUCACCAUUUACUUUAUCUCCGAAAAGCACAGUACAUUUAACUACUAAUUUAUUCCAAAAACUGGGAAUACGCUUAAUAUUGUUUACUACUAAUGGCUAUUUGCAAGGUUUAAUAACGAAAAAAGAUCUCAUUAAAAGAGCUAUUAAUAUAUAA